CAUUUUUACGGUUAAACCCCAACGGGACUGUAACACAAUUCAUUCCCAAUUCGCUCUCUUUCUUCAAUUUCAUGCAUCAAAACAUCAACAACGCAUCGUGAAAACACAGAUCGGAUCCCGCGCUUACGGCGGAACACGGUGGAGCAGAGUCUCUUCCGUACAACAUUGGCCGCUUGCCGGUUGUCACUUUCAGUUUCUCUCAAGGAUGUCUGUUGAUGCUGAGUUUCCCUAUGGUCCAUCCAUCUUAACUGACGAAAAAUUGCCAGAAGUGGGGAAUUCAGCUGCUCCAUGCCAAAAUUCAUCUAGCAAUGACGCUGUUGUGUUUACAAAAGAAACUUCGAACUGCCCUGCUGAUAAUGGUCAAAUGAAACGUAAUACAGUGUCAGAGAUAACAGGCAUUGAAGAAAUGAGUGGUGAAUCUGGUGGUUCAGACAAAAGUAAUGAUGAUGAAAAAUUAAGUAAAGGAUGUGCAGAAGAUGCAAAAGCAGAUGGCAACAAUGAAGACAAGUUACAAAGUGACCAAAGUGAGAACGCUGAAAAUGCAGACAGUGAUGGUCAAGGGGCACCGAGCAUGGUCACAGAAAUUAAAGGUGUCAGUGAAAUAGGAGGUGAUUUUAAAGGAGAUGUCCAAUUAGUAUGUGAAGAAAGUGGCCAAACUGCAGCUAGCACUGUUAUAGAGAUACAAGCCGUUGAAGAAAUUAAGGGUGAAUCUACUGGUUCAAGGAAAAAUGAUAAGAGUGUGGAUGCUGAAGAGACGGAUAUGAACAGUUCAAUGGCUGUCAACCCUGUUAUUGAGACAGUAGGCAUGGAAGAAAUGCGAGGCGAAUCUAGUGACCCUCGCAGAAGUAAUGAUGACAGAAGUGAAGAAAGUGGGGAAGCUGAAAACGCAGACAGCAGCUGCCAAAGGGCACCUCACUCAGCCAUGGAGAUGACGGCAUUGGAGAAAAUGGGAUGUCUAUCUAGUUUUGUAGAGAACAGCAGCGGAGACAGGUCACAAUGUGACCAAAGUGAGAAUGCUAAAAAUGAAGACAUUAAUGGUCAAGAGCCACCCAACAUGGUCACCAAAAUCAAAGGAAUCAAUGAAAUUGGAGGUGAUUCUGAUGGUGAUGUCAAAUUAGCAUGUGAAGAAAGUGCAGAUACUGAGAAGGUAGAGAGCAAUGGCCAAGCGUCACCUAGCACUGUUACAGAGAUUACAGCCAUUGAAGAAAUUAGGCCUGAAUCUAAUGGUUUAAGCAAAAUUGAUGAGAGUGUGGAUGCUGAAAAGGCUGGCAGCAACAACUCACUAUCUACCGACAUUGUUACUGAGAUCAAUGAAUUAGAAGACGAGUCUAAUGGUGCAGAGAAAAUUAACAAUUUUUCUGAGAUCACUGGAAUACAAGUUGAGUCUAAUGGUGCAGGGGAAAUAAGUGAUGAUAAACUAGCAUGCCAAGAGAGCACAAACACAGAAAAAGGAGGUGAUUCUAAUGGUGAUGUCAAAUUAGUAUGUGAAGAAAGUUCAGAUACUGAGAAGGUAGAGAGCAAUAGCCAAGCGGCAUCUAGCACUGUUACAGAGAUUACAACCACUGAAGAAAUUAGGCCUGAAUCUAAUGGUUUAAGCAAAAUUGAUGAGAGUGUGGAUGUUGAAAAGGCUGGAAGUAACAAUUCAUUGCCUACCGACAUUGUUACUGAGAUCAAUGAAUUAGAAGACGAGUCUAAUGGUGCAGAGAAAAUUAACAAUUUUUCUGAGAUCACUGGAAUACAAGUUGAGUCUAAUGGUGCAGAGGAAAUAAGUGAUGAUAAAUUAGCAUGCCAAGAGAGCACAAACACAGAAAAAGGAGGUGAUUCUAAUGGUGAUGUCAAAUUAGUAUGUGAAGAAAGUUCAGAUACUAAGAAGGUAGAGAGCAAUAUCCAAGCGGCACCUAGCACUGUUACAGAGAUUACAACCAUUGAAGAAAUUAGGCCUGAAUCUAAUGGUUUAAGCAAAAUCGAUGAGAGUGUGGAUGUUGAAAAGUCUGGUAGUAACAAUUCAUUGGCUACCAACAUUGUUACUGAGAUCAAUGGAUUAGAAGAUGAGUCUAAUGGUGCAGAGAAAAUUAACAAUGUUUCUGAGAUCACUGGAAUACAAGUUGAGUCUAAUGGUGCAGAGGAAAUAAGUGAUGAUAAACUAGCAUGCCAAGAGAGCACAAACACAGAAAAAGGAGGUGAUUCUGAUGGUGAUGUCAAAUUAGUAUGUGAAGAAAGUUCAGAUAUUGGGAAGGUAGAGAGCAAUGGCCAAGCGGCACCUAGCACUGUUACGGAGAUUACAGCCAUUGAAGAAAUUAGGCCUGAAUCUAAUGGUUUAAGCAAAAUCAAUGAGAGUGUGGAUGCUGAAAAGGCUGGUAGCAACAGUUCACUGGCUACCGACAUUGUUACUGAGAUCAAUGGAUUAGAAGAUGAGUCUAAUGGUGCAGAGAAAAUUAACAAUGUUUCGGAGAUCACUGGAAUACAAGUCGAGUCUAAUGGUGCAGAGGAAAUAAGUGAUGAUAAACUAGCAUGCCAAGAGAGCAAACACACUGAAAAUGCAGACAGCCAAAUUCAGAGUGUAUCCAAUGUGGUCAGUGAAAUCAAAGGAACUGAAGAUAUAGAAGGUGAAUCUGAUGUCGCAGAAAAAAGGACUGAUGGAAACUCAACCUGUGGAGAAAGGAAGGAUGCUGAAGCAAUGAAUAGUGGCAGUCCAGUUUAUACAGGCGUUGAUUCUGUCACAUCUGGAAAGGAGAGCACGAAUAACCCGGUUAAUGAUGUUCAAAAUGUGCACAACACUGUCUUCGAGACUAAAUGCAAUGAAGAAAUUGGAAGUGCCUCUAAUGGUGACAAAGAUAUAGAUGACAAAGUGAUGCACCAAAGAGAUGAGGAGUCUGAAAGAUUGCAGAGUGAUGGUCUAGCUAGUGAUGGGAUGUCCAGUGAUGCUGAGUUUUCACGUGACCUGUGUAUUUUAGCUGAUGCUAGACUGUCUGAAGUAGAGAAUUCUUUUACUUCGAUCAGCAGAGACAUGUCUAGCAAUGAUGCAAUUGCGUGGGGAAAUGAAACUUGUGAUAGCUGUAUUUCUCAUGGUCAAAGUCCAGUGGGCAUGGUUCAAGAGACCAUUGGUAAAGAAGUAGAAUGUGAAUCUAACGGUGUGGACAGAAGUGGGGAUGAUAAAUUGAUGUGCGAAGAAAUUGAGGAUGGCAAAAGAUUCAACUGCAGUAGUCUAGCUGCUGAAGGGAUGUCUUGUAAUGCUGAGUUUUCCCAAAGCCUAUCUACUUUCGCUGAUUCAAACUUUUCUGAGGUGGGUAAUUAUUGUGCUUCAAGUACUAAAGACAUGUCUAGCAACGAUGCUUUUGGGGCCAAAAAUGAAGCUUUGUAUAACUGUGCUGAUGAUUCUCAACUGGGACCUAACUUGGUCAGAGAGGGUAGUGGAGUUGAAAAUUUGGAAGGUGUAUCGAAUGGUGCGGACAACAGUAUUAACAACGGAAUACUUUACGAGAACUGCGCGGAUACUGAAAAAUCGCACAUCGGUUCAGAUAAUGUGGGGGUGCAUGGUGAUGCUGAAGUUCCCAUUGACCAGUCUGUUUUAGCUGAUGUAAAAUUGUGUGAAGUUGGGAACUCUUCUGCUUCAAGUAUUAAAGAUGUGUGUCGCGAUGUUGUAUCUGGAAAUACUUUGAAUGAGCCCGUUCAUGACAGUAAAAUGGUGCCCAUGCCAAAUACGGCUAUAGAGUUCACUGGCAUUAAGAAAGAAGAAGGUGAAUCUAGUGUUGCAGACCAAACCAGUGAUGACAAAUUUUUACAUGAAAGUGAGGAUGCUGAAAAACCACCGAGCACAAAUAUUGAUGAAAGGAUGUCUGGCAAUGCUGAAAUAUGCCAUGAUCAGGCUACUUUGGCUGACUUAGAGUUGUCUGUAGCGGGAAAUACUUCCGCUCCAAGCACUAGAGAUGUUCCUAGCAAUGAUGCUGUGACAUUUGGGAACGAGACUUUGACUCGCCCAAUCGAAAUUGAUCAAGAGUCAGCCAACAUGAGCAUAGAGAUUGCAGGCGCUGAAGAAACGGGAGGUGGUUCAGACAGGAGUAAUGAUGACAAACUAAUGUGUGAACAAGGUGGGGAUGCUGAAAUUUCAAGUACUAGUGAUUUGUUGACCACUUCGGCUGAGUGUUCCUCUGUGGACGCUGUGGCUGUAAGGGAUAUGAAUGCGAGUGCAGCAAAGGGAUUUAACUUCCUGAUAAGGAUGCCAAGAUUUGAUGAUGAAAAACUCCGAGAAUGUAUCAGAGUAGCUGAGCUAAAUGUUGAUGAGAAGACGCAACACAGGGAUGCCUUUAGACAAAAAAUCCGAAACAAAAGAGCCAAUUGCCAAACUCAUGGUGCUGAAUUUGAAGCUGCCAAAACUCAAGAGAGAGAUGCUAGAAAGCAAGUUAGGACAAAACGUGCAGAGAUCUCAACUCUUCAAGAUGUGAUUGAUAAAGCAAAGAAUGCAGUUGCCAUUGAUGAGAUUGAUAAUAGGAUUUGUAAUAUGGAACACAUUAUUGGGCAUGAAACACUACCUUUGAAGGAGGAAAAGCUCCUAAUUCGUGAAAUCAAGCAACUAAAGCAGCUUCGUGGACAGAUUUCAUCCAACAUUGGUAGGCAGGAUGAAGUGCAGAAGGCUCUGGAUGAGAGAGAUGUAAACGAAGAACAAUUGAGGAUCUUGAAGAAAGAACUUGAUAACCUUAAAAUCAAGGCCUCAAAAGCUGAAACAAUUGCGAUGGCAGCUAGCCGAAAAUAUGAAGAUGAGAGUCGAAAGCUCAAAGAAUUGCAAGCGCAGUUUAAAGCUGCAGAUGAUAUCCGACAAGAAGCAUAUGAAGAAUUGCGGAAUUUAAAAAAGGGAUUCUAUGAGAAGAAUGUUCAUUUCCGGACAUACAAGGAUGAAGCGACUUUGGCUAGUGAUCAUGCACGAAAGAGAGAAAUGGAGGCUCUUAAUCACCUCUGUGUGAAUCAGGUCGAAAGGUACAUGGAACUUUGGAAUAAGAAUGCUGAGUUCAGAAAGGAGUACAUCAGGUGUAAUACAAGAAGUACGUUGAGGAGAUUUGGGACCUUGGAUGGUCGUACACUUGGCCCUGAUGAGGAGCCAACUGUACUUCCCAGUUACAUGGAGCAAAGAGUUGCUAGGCUGGUUGCUCGUGUAGAUAAAGUUAAUUUUGUGUCACAAGCUCCGGUCUCUCAGCAAGAAAAGCAAGCAGUACUUUUAAAGGAUGAAAUUAAGGAUGACAAAAUCACGCUGCAAGCAGCAGAAAAAAUGAAUCCGAUUGAGAAAAUGAAAGAAGAAGCUCCGAAACCAAUUCAAAGAGAGAUGAGUGUGGUUGAUGAGCCAAAAGAGGCCGAGCAACUGCAAACUGCUCAGGAGCUGGAGGCUGCUAGAAAGGAGGAGGAACAGAGGAAGCGUGAGGAAGCAGCCAGGUUGAAAGAGCAACGGCGGUUGGAGGAGAUUGCAAAGGCUAAGGAGGCAUUAGAAAGGAAAAAACGCAAUGCAGAAAAGGCCCAACUGAGGGCUGAAUUACGAGCCCAGAAGGAAGAAGAACAGAGACUGAAGGAGAAGGAGAAAAGGCUGCGGAAGAAGGAAAGGAAGAAGGGUGCUGUAGGUGAAACACAGACCGAAACUAAUGAUGGUGAAACUGCUUUGGUUUCCACCAGCCCGAGAGAAACUGUCAAGGAGCCGGAGGCUGCUGAGAAUCCUCAAACGACCACUAAGAAGCCUCAGAAACCAUCUCAAUAUACAAAGCAGAUCAAGACAAAAUCCACCAUUCCUCCCCCGCUUCGCAACAGAAGUAGAAGGAAAUUGCAGCAGUGGAUUUGGUUAACUAUUUCUUGCUUGGUUGUUAUUGCUCUAUUUUUUCUAGGAAACAUUGGCUUCUUCACCAAUUUGAAGCAGCGAGGAAGCCCGAGAUUUUAGUGCCUUAACCUUGUUGGUUUUGGCUCGGUGUGAGACAGAUUGCUUUAUUUUACAGAUGGAAUAGGCCAUUCUUUUACUCUAUACAUAUAGUGUUGGUUCAUCAUAGUUUUGAACAUUUUUGGUUCUUAUUAGUAGUGAUAAGACGUUUUAAAACAACAGAUAUAACAUUUUCAUAUUGGUAUUUAUUGCAAACCAUAUGUGUAAUAAUCUUAUUGAUUGCCUUGCUUGCUUAA